AUGCAAAUAUUAAAGAUACCAUGGCUUGGACAUAGUAGUACGUGGAAUUGAAAAACCAACUCCCUUUCCCGGCUUUUCUUUUUGAUUUGUAUUUUUUUACUAACCUUAAAAUGGUUUAGCUGAAAAUAAAAAUAUAGAAUGCUACUCAGUCACGAUAAACUCCACCGGCACAAGGUUGGCAUCGGGCGGGUUGGACGGCUACAUCAAGAUAUGGGACGUGAAUACAAUCACUCGUUUUUUCAAGCUUCUGGAUGAACGCUACAACAAGUGCAAGAAAUCCUUGGAAGCAGACGUUGAAAUUUCACAGCUACCAGACAAGACACUACGCCGGCCGUUGUGUUCCAUGUCUCGACAUAAUGGGGUAGUCACCUCGCUCAAGUUUUCCCCCGAUGGAAGGUGGCUCGCGAGUGGGUCCGACGACAAGAUUGUGCUUAUAUGGGAGAAAGAUGACGACCAGCGGCCAAAGGCGUUUGGAGUAGAACAAGAAGACCUCGAGCAUUGGACAGUCCGCAAAAGAUUAGUGGCUCACGAUAACGACAUUCAGGAUAUCUGCUGGUCCCCAGAUGGCAACUUGCUCGUUACUGUUGGCUUGGACCGGUCAAUCAUCAUUUGGAACGCAACGACGUUUGAGAGAAUCAAGAGGUAUGACGUGCACCAGUCGAUGGUCAAGGGGAUAGUCUUUGACCCCGCCAACAAGUUCUUUGCUACUGCCUCUGAUGACCGAACAGUGCGGAUUUUCCGAUACCACAAGAAAUUGAACGAGUACAACAAAUAUGAGUUUCAAAUGGAGCAUGUUGUCAUUGAGCCGUUUAAGAAAUCUCCUCUCACUUCAUAUUUUAGAAGGAUGAGCUGGUCUCCCGAUGGACAGCAUAUUGCUGUUCCCAACGCCACGAAUGGGCCCGUGCCAUCAGUGGCAAUUGUGAAUCGAGGCAAUUGGGGCACCGACGUGUCCUUGAUUGGGCAUGAAGCACCAGUAGAAGUUUGCUCGUUUUCGCCGCAACUAUUCCAAACCAACGGCGGGGACGCAGAUGAAAACGAAGACGACCCCAAAUUCCAAACUGUGCUAGCUACAGGUGGCCAAGACCGCACACUUGCGGUGUGGUCUACCUACAAUUCAAAGCCGAUUGUUGUGUGUCUGGAUAUUGUGUUCAACGCCAUAACGGACAUUUGCUGGGCACCGGAUGGGGAGACACUAUAUUUCAGUUGUCUCGAUGGCUCCAUUACUUGCGUGCGUUUCGACAAGGGCGAGUUGGGCGAGGUGGUGGCUUCUCGUGGGUUGAUAGACAAGCAGCUCAAUAAAUACGGCACUGAUCGCGAAGCUGCCAUUUUACCAGAGAGCGUGGAGCAGUUGCAGUUGGAAGAGAAAGCUAGUAAAGUAAGUCUUGCAAAUAACAGCGUCAACAUUAACAACAACCAAACCGCCACGCCCACACCCACGCCCAUCUUUGCAUCUCCAAAGAAAUCAAUUGAGACCAAGUCCGUCGAAAAUGGAGCAAUCACAUCGACUCCAAAUCAAGCUUUGGUACCUGCAAGGACAAUUGAUACUGCCAAGCUAAGAAAACAAACAAUAUCGAUUACCAAGUCUGGUAAGAAAAGAGUUGCACCGUUGCUUGUUUCAUCGUCGUCACCGUCAUCAUCAUCGUUAAAGACUGCAGCAGCCCAGUUGAAGCCAAACGACCAAGGCAGUGCUCUAAAGAAGCACAAGCUAGAAUCUAAAUCGAAUGCUGAUUUCAACUCUAAAGUUUCUCAGCCAAACUACAUUUUGCCACGACUAGGACUACAAACAACGGUAUAUGGCAUUAAAAAGCGCGACUCAAGCAUAGCUCCAGCUCCAGCUGAAGAUGAGGAAGUCAAGGAUUUUGAUGACAUGGGAGGUGUCGCGAUACAGGAUGAAUCAUCAUCUCCGACAGCACAACUUUCCGAGUCCGCCCUUCGAAGACUCAAGAAUAGAGAGAAACGAAGGUGGUUGGAAACAAAAUAUCCUAGCACAUUUAUUGACAUUUCCUUGGAUUUACCAGAAAGCCUUUUCAGCAACAAUGCCCUUCAAAAUAAGGAAAUCAGCAAAAUCUACAAGGCGUACGCGAGUAAUAACAAGGACAUUGUUGGCGAGAUCUCCAACAAUUCAGCAAUUGAGUUUGACGAGGACUCGAUGUUUUACGUUAUUCUUCGGAAAACAAUCCACAAACAAAGGGCGAAUCCGGCAAUUGGAGUUGAACAAGUUGACGAGAUCACCACUACAAUAGAAGUGAGAAAUGGCAAACCUUGGCAUGAAGAUGACCCAAGGCAGGAAGAUCGUGAUUUCGACGAUGCUACAAAGGUGAUUGUUUACAACAAUGACCCAAGUGAUCAGCAGCAGCAGCAGCAGCAGCAUCAGCGUCGUUUAUUCACCCUCUAUUUCCCCUUUAGGAUCCAACUGAUUCUUCCGAUAUUAGAGGAGGGUCUCGGUGGUGAUGGAGGUGACGAUUUAAAAUAUUACGUUCUAUGUUCAUUCAAUGGAAGUGUGCAAGUUGUCUCGGCCAAAACGGGGAGAUAUAUUUUACCAACAAUCGAGCUUCGCGAGAAUGUGGUAUCGAUGAGCUACAGGAAUGGCCAUUUGUUGGUGUUGACUGGGUCUGGAGUAUUCUAUGGAUGGAACUUGAACACCAUGAAAUGUUAUAUGAAGAGGAUAUCAAUCGCCGCAGUAUUAAACAUGACUCAACUAGAUGACAGUGUCAAGAAUGGUGUAACUACACCUGGAGUUAAAUGCAUUGACCUCAAUUCCCAGGACGGGUCUCCUUACGUCUUGACCGACGCCAGCAAUGAUGUUUAUGGGUACUGUCUAGAUGUAAAGUGCUGGACAAAAGUGAUUGACUCUUGGUACUACAAUGUCCAUGAAGAUUUCUCAAUUGAAAACAAUCCCGGAUUGCAGCGAGUAUUGCACAGGCUGAAAUUGAAUCACAAGAAUGACAAGAUAAUCGGCAGUCUUAACACGUACAAAUUCACCACUGCCAAGAGUAAAGUGUUGAAAAAUGUUAUGACUACAAGAAGUAAAGAAUCAUUAAACAUGAUACAGACACACGUACAAACAAAAAAAAUAGACUAA